ACCCCAACCGCAACAGAAACAAGUCAUGUGAGUCUCUCUCUAUUUACAUAAUGGGACAUCAUUAGAAUACGAAGUGGAUAUAAGGGCAAUGUCAGCGCUGUUUGCAUCACUUGAUCAACUUUAGUUCUUUCUGAAAUAACUGAAAAUGACCUCUUUGAUUCUGAGGAGUUUGUUACUAUUUGCAGUGGUUGCAAUCUCGUCGGGAAAUGGAGUGCGGUAUACGGCCAACUGGACAAGUAUCGACUCCCGGCCACUGCCGGUGUGGUACGACGAGGCGAAGAUCGGUAUUUUCGUUCACUGGGGGGUAUUCUCCGUGCCCGGGUACGGCCAGUUCAGCGAGUGGUUCUGGCAGUCGUGGAAAGGCGCACAUAGAGCAGACGAGGUUGAGUUUAUGAAGAAAAACUACCCCGUGGGCUUUACAUACGCAGAUUUUGCGCACGAAUUCAAAGCGCAAUUCUUCGACCCUGAUGAGUGGGCUGAAAUAUUUGAAGCUUCUGGAGCCAAAUAUGUGGUGUUCACAUCCAAGCAUCACGAGGGCUUCUGUAACUGGCCCUCUGCAGACUCCUGGAACUGGAACUCAAUGGAUACUGGACCACACAGAGACCUGGUGGGAGACCUGGCAGCUGCCGUACGCAAGAGAAAGGGACUGCACUUUGGCCUGUACCACUCCCUGUUUGAGUGGUUUCAUCCACUCUACCUGAAGGACAGAGCUUCUGGGUACAAGACCCAGGAGUUUGUCUUCCGGAAGGCUCUUCCUGAGCUGGUUAACCUGGUGAUGACCUACAAGCCAGAGUUGAUCUGGUCCGAUGGGGAUUGGGAGGCUCCUGACACCUACUGGAACUCAACAGAAUUCCUGGCCUGGCUCUACAACGACAGUCCUAUCAAGGACUUUGUGGUGGUCAAUGACAGAUGGGGGAAUGGUUGUUACUGUAAACAUGGAGGCUACUACAACUGUGCAGACAGGUUCACGCCAGGCUCUCUGCCUAACCACAAGUGGGAGAAAUGCCAGUCCAUCGACAACCGCUCCUGGGGUUACCGAAGAAACAUGAAGCUCAUCGAGCUGAUGGACCUGCCCACCAUCAUAACGGACAUGGUGUAUGUGGUGGCCCUGGGUGGUAACUAUCUGCUGAACAUAGGACCCAUGGAGGACGGUAUGAUCUCCCCUCUCUUUGAGGAGAGGCUGAGGGGCAUGGGGGCCUGGCUGGGGGUCAACGGAGAGGCCAUCUACUCCUCCAAACCCUGGAGGAUCCAGGGGGAGAACACCACCGUGCCUGUCUGGUACACCUCGAAGAACAACACGGUCUACGCCAUACUGCUGGAAUGGCCUUCCAACCUGCUGUUUGACCUCGCAGCACCCAAAACCUCUGAGGCCACUAAUGUGACUAUACUGGACGACCCGUCCGUACCUCUGAAGUGGGUAUCAACGGCACCAACCGGACUGGUGGUACUCAUGCCUGACAUCAUGCCAGUUUCCCCGGGGCAAGGCUGGGUCCUGAAACUAGAGGGAGUGGUGUGAGAGGCAGUGUACAUAAACUGUUUUUAUUAUUAUACGUUAAUAAGAUAUUAUGACUGUUAAUGUUUUAAGUUUCAGGGGUUGAAAUGAUAUUUUUGUUGGACUCUGACACUGGUUGAUUUGUGUGAGUCAGCUAAAGACUAGCUACCUUGAAUGUGCAAUACAUAGCGGCUCUGCAGAAUCUCUAUCAACAAUGGCCUCUUUAUUUUAUAUAUUUUUUUAUAUAUAUAUAGAUAGAUAUAUAAAACAAACCAAACAUUUGGAUAUAUCCUUUUCAGCUACAUGAGGCAAAUAUGAAGGAGACGCAUUAUGUUCAGCAAUAAGGACCAAAAAAAACUGGCUGUUCAUAAAUGACACACCAAAGAUGGUUAUUUGUUUUCUGGGUUUGGUAGAAAUGUGCAUUGCAACAGGGUGCAGAAAGCACAAAGGGAACAUUUCACUUUUCAUGACAAUCUCUCUGUGUAGGCUACUUGUGCCUUUUGGUGUGUGUGGACAAUCUUUUAUUUUGUGUUAAACUGACAUGAAAAUGCACUGUCGUUUUUAUAGGCUAUGUGGAUGAAUGUAAAUGUGUUUUUAAUUACAACUAUGUCUUUACAUUUUUGUUACAUUGGAGUUUGUCCUUGUAGCUACAAUUUUAUAACUUUUUUUUUUUUUUUUUUUUUUAAAGCCCUUAUCUGAUUUUGUUAUCACAAUAAAAAGGUAGAUCAGCAGUCUGCAUAUCAUUUAUUUCUAAGCUUGUUCUGCUAUUUUCAGUAGACUACACAGAACUUCAGUGUGUCGAAAAACUAGAGUUUUCAUUAAAUCAUUGGCGUGCAUUUUUUUACGAACAGCUCUACAAGGAACAGUUUUGAACAGAGGUCAUGUGACCACAGUCUUGUGAUCCCGACUGUACAUAACACCGUUAAAAAGGUAGUUCCCAUAAUGAGUACAGUAGAUUGUUUGAUAAUAUAAUGGGCAUAAUGCCAACCCAGGGAAGGUGCUAGUGGGGCACCUGUCUAGGAUAUAUAAACGGGUGUGUUAUCGAGUUCUGUUUAGGAUGUUGUUAGCAACUCCUGUUACUCUUCAAUAACACAAAUAGCAAAUCAGGAGGGAGGAAAAUGGGUUUAUUCGAAGAGGACAAAUCCUACAGGGAGGUAGAUUGUCAUUCUCCCCUGUCUGUCCUCUGUGGUUCUCUCUCCACAGAACAAAGUGACAGCAUGUAGUUUAUAACCCAGCCCUAGCCUGUGGCUGACCAAUUAGAAUUCCUUGCAAUAAAACUAGCCAAUGGCCAAAUAACAAGUAUCCUGUUUCAGAAGACAUGUUCCGCCCAUGUCUCUGAACCGUUGAUCAAUAAUUCCCUAUUACAGAAAAAAACUAUUUCCAUUUUUAAAUUUUUUUUUAUUUGAUACUCUGACUCUUGACCUCUCGUCCUCUGUCUCUGCAUUGUGUAUUUUGACAUUCUUACAAUGUGGUGACCUGUAACAACUGAUUAAAGGAUUAUGCUUGCAUUUUA